AUGGCGGCGCAUGACAGAGUUAGGCAGAGGGUGGCCCGCGAGCCGGACGCGCCGCCGGAGGACAAGGAGUUGGAGUCAGAAGCAAAGGUUGAUGGAGAGACUGCGUCAGACAGUGAGAGCCGAGUGGACGCUGCCAGCCUGCCACCCUCUGCAGACGAUACCCCAGAGGUCCUCAACAGGGCCCUUUCCAACUUGUCUUCAAGAUGGAAGAACUGGUGGGUGAGAGGCAUCCUGACUCUGGCCAUGAUUGCGUUUUUCUUCAUCAUCAUUUACCUGGGACCAAUGGUUUUAAUGAUGAUUGUGAUGUGUGUUCAGAUUAAGUGUUUCCAUGAGAUUAUCACUAUUGGCUACAAUGUCUAUCACUCCUACGACCUGCCCUGGUUCCGAACCCUCAGCUGGUACUUCCUACUGUGUGUGAAUUAUUUCUUCUAUGGUGAAACAGUGACGGAUUACUUCUUCACUCUGGUCCAGAGAGAGGAGCCUUUGCGGAUUCUUAGCAAAUACCACCGAUUCAUUUCCUUUACUCUCUACCUAACAGGGUUCUGCAUGUUUGUGCUGAGUCUGGUCAAGAAGCAUUACCGGCUGCAGUUCUACAUGUUUGGCUGGACCCACGUAACAUUACUGAUUGUUGUAACCCAGUCACAUCUUGUCAUCCACAACCUGUUUGAAGGAAUGAUCUGGUUCAUUGUCCCCAUUUCUUGUGUGAUCUGUAAUGACAUCAUGGCCUAUAUGUUUGGCUUCUUCUUUGGUCGGACCCCGCUCAUCAAGCUGUCCCCGAAGAAGACCUGGGAAGGCUUCAUUGGGGGCUGCUUUGCUACUGUGGUAUUUGGCCUGCUGCUGUCCUACGUGAUGUCCGGGUACCGCUGCUUUGUCUGCCCCGUGGAGUACAACAACGAUACCAACAGCUUCACUGUGGACUGCGAGCCCUCGGACCUGUUUCGCCUGCAGGAGUACAACAUUCCUGGGGUGAUCCAGUCGGUCAUUGGCUGGAAAACUGUCCGGAUGUACCCCUUCCAGAUUCACAGCAUUGCCCUCUCCACGUUUGCCUCGCUCAUUGGCCCCUUUGGAGGGUUCUUCGCUAGUGGAUUCAAACGAGCCUUUAAAAUCAAAGACUUUGCCAACACCAUUCCUGGCCACGGAGGCAUCAUGGAUCGCUUUGACUGCCAGUAUCUGAUGGCCACCUUUGUCAACGUGUAUAUCGCCAGUUUCAUCAGGGGCCCGAACCCCAGCAAGCUGGUUCAGCAGUUCCUGACCUUGCGGCCAGAUCAGCAGCUCCACAUCUUCAACACGCUCAAGUCUCACCUGAUCGACAAGGGGAUGCUGACGGCUGCCCCGGAGGACGAGUAGGGGCCACCCGGGGCCGGGAGAGCAGGACCAGGACUGAGUGAGGGACGGGCUCCCAGGCAGGCCCAGUUGGUGUAACUUGGACAAAGACAAGGCUUCAACUCACUGUUCUUUUUUUUUUUUUUUAGUGUUUUUAUUUGUGGAUUUAAAAAAGAAAAUCUGUGUAUACAGUCUAUGUGCUUCUGAUUUGGGUUGUGAGUAAAUACAGUUUGAGUUGGAAAGAAGUCAUGGGGGUAAAACCAUUUGGGUUUUUCAAACAAGUUUUUAAUAAUCUGGAAGAUGGUGUUUGUUGCCCAGCUCUGGAGGGCCUGCUUGGUGUGUCCAGCUCCCAAGCCAGAGCUUCCCUUUCUGGGCUUGAUCAGAGAGUGGACGUUCAUCUGAGUUUAUCCAGUUUAGGUGCCCCCCCCCCUCCAGCUGCCAGGGAAGAGGUGCACAGCUUGGGUGUCUUUACUGCUGGAGCGCUUCUCCAUACGCCCUGCCUUGGGGCUGCAGGAGGGCGCCACAGGCUGGAGGGAUGAAGGCUUUUGAUCAGAUAAGCCUUCUGUUCACGCAAUCCUGUGAAGUGUGAGCUCUGCGUUAGGUAUGGGCUCACCUGACUUCCUCACAGGCUGAAAGCAGGUUGCAGUUUUUAUUAUUUUCAGAAAGCAUGAGAAACUAUAAUCUGGAAAAAAGCCGCACUGUGGAAUUUCAAGCGUAUACAGCAGAGUGUACCGUUAACUGGCCCUGUCCCGUGGGUGUGAGGCUCAGGGGGCUCCUGGAGGGCGGCCCGGCGCUCUGGGUCUUUUCAGGGAUGAUGCCGUUCACAUCUGUGCUGUAGACUUGCUGCUGAGUCCUUCCGGGGGGCUUGUGCCCGUUGGGCGGGGAGCAGAGGGCUUCCCGUUCACACACCCACGCGCCCUUUGCUGGCUGGCCACCUGUGUAGCUGCUGUGUUGUGUGUAUAUAUAAUUACUCUUAAGGCAAGUGUGUAUCUGUGUGUGUGUUUUAAAAAAUCACUUAUUUCUUACAGUGAUUUUCAACUGUACCACGACUUCGUCACUGAAACCGCAAAGUCCUGCUUACGGCUCUGGAUAACCCCAGCCAGAUUAGCGCUUUGAAUCUUCCGGAUUAAGUGCACAUUUGUUACGUAAUGUGACCAGUUUAAAUGUAGUUUGUAUUUUGCAGGGGGACCUUUCCUCUCUUAAACUGUGACUUAUUUAUUUUUUUCCUUUUAAUCAGAGGAGUGAGGUUGACUUCUGGAACAUACGUUCUCUGUCAGGACGAGAAGCAAGGGAGCACAGGAGCAAGCGAGCGUGGUGCCCAAAUGUGCCCGUUCCUCAGUGCCACUCAGUGCUCGUUGCCAAAUAUGGGGGUGAAGUUCGCUUCGGCACUUGGUCUGGCUCUGGUUUGCUUUGUUUCUGUUUAGCCUCAGCCUUAGCGCAUCCUAGAACGCUCACAGUUGGCUCAGGUCCCUGGGGUGUCUGGCACGGGGCUGACCCCUCUCGACAUUUCAGUUCAGCCACCGCGUGACCAUCCAUGGGCAGCAGCUUCUUCCUUCUGAACGUUUAUUUUCAUUUUAGUACACGGCUCUUCUUCUCUAGAUCCAAGGCCCCCUUAAAGGCAAAACAUGCCUUUGCACGAGGUUCAGUGCUGGCUGUGACCUGGGCAGUUCGCGUCACCCUGUGGGUUCUCAGCUGUCUUAUAAUUCCGGUAGCCAUGAUUCUGGCUGAACUAGUAACCUGUCCCAGGGCCUGCAGGGGUGUUGAGUCAUGUCCUGAGCACCCAAAAAGCAGGUGCUUUCAGGCCUUUUCUAAAUGCUUGUCCUUAAAAAUACUUGUCUUCAGCAAUAAAUCUUAAACAGUGGAGGUGACUAGUAAUGAAUCUAGUUUUCUGACUGAAGAAUGAACUUGGUUCCCCAAACUAGAGAUAGAAUGGUACCUCAUUUGUCUCAUGUCGCCCCACUGUGGGCAGAGGGUGGGGUCCUUGGGAACCGGGCGUCCCAGUUGGGACUCGGCUGCAAAGAGCCACCCUUGAAUAGGUCUGCCUUCGGGAUCAGGGAGCCUGGCACAUUCCUGCAGACGUGGCCGCUGAUGGGGGCCCGGGAGACUGAAGCUGGGUGCUCAGCAGGGCUGCCAUCAAGAAGGCAGGAGAGCCAGCUGGGGUUUGUUGUCUUCUGACGUCCUCACGUGCGUUCAGGUGCAGUGAGGGCAGUUAGCAGUCCAGUAGCCGAGAGACCGACGCCACCUUGUGUCCAUUUAGUGCAUUGUUUUUCUUUCUCCCAUUUACUGAAAAUCACCACGCAGGCAAGAUUCCAGAGACUAAUUGUAACACUCACCCGUGCAGAUCUUAAUGAGUGGCAUAACUUGCUUCAGAUCUUUUUUUUUUUUUGGUGAGAAAUAAAAUGUGCCUGAAAUUGUGUACCCUA